CUCUCCGCCACUGCACUGAGAGUGCCCCCGGACCCGCAGAGGUCAGGAUCCCGACAGGGCCAUCUGGUCCUGGGAGCGGAGAGUGGCGAGGAGAGGAGGGUGGGAUAAAUUUAGAAGACUGCAAGACUUCUGCGUGCCAGGCUGACUUCACUGCUCUGCUGUCCUCUGCAGCUCUGUGUCACAGCAGGGAUCGAACUCCCCUCCUCCCCAUCCUUCUAGCUGUGUGUCGCUCUCCCCCUUCCUCCAGGCUCACAAUCAGAAGGAAUCAGUCAAAUAUCCAGAGCCCCCCCUGACCCCCUCCCUUGCAUCACUCUUAUUGGGAUAUCACCAUUGGAAUCAGCAAGCAAAGGAAACGGAGGAUACUGAAACCAUACAAUUGGAUAACAAUUCUUCCUUUUGCUUGAGAUGAAACACUCACAGCAACAGCAGCAGCAGCAGCAGCAGCAGUGACUGCAAGAACCAGAAUUUGUAUGCAACACAGCAUUCCCUAAGAUAAACAACCAUGCGUUCCCGUAGCAACAGCCUAGAGAGUUCAGGCAAGACAAAGCGAUCUCCGCAAAGAGCAUGCUCGCGACAGAGGAACUCAGAGCGCGAAGACCUCUCCACCGGGGGGACAGGAAGAGCAAAGCACACAGCGAAGGAUAAGCAGUCCCCUGAAAACACAGACACCAUCCGCAGGAACCACAAAGGGGGAAACAGUCAGAGCCACAGGACAGGUGGGGUCACUUCUGGAAAGGGCAGGGAUCUCUCCCGGGAUGAUCUACUCUUUUUGCUCAGCAUGCUGGAGGGGGAGCUUCAGGCUCGAGACGAGGUCAUCACUGUCCUGAAAGCGGAGAAGAUAGACCUGGCCCUGCUUGAGGCCCAGUAUGGCUUUGUCACCCCACAGAAAGUGCUACAAGCACUGCAGAGAGAUGCUAUUCAAGGGAAGGCAACUCAGUGGCAGGAGGACAUCUAUGAGAAACCUAUGGCUGAGCUGGACAGGGUGGUGGAGAAGCAGAAGGAGAGCCAUCGGCGUAUGCUGGAGCAACUGCUCCUGGUGGAAAGAUCACACAAGCAGGCCAUUCACAAGCUGGAGGAAGAGAAGAAAAAGCAUACAGAGUACAUGCAGAAGAGCGAUGAGUUCACCAACUUGCUGGAACAGGAGCGUGAGAGACUCAAGCUUCUGAUCGACCAGGAAAAGGACUACCAGGAUCGAAGGGAAAAAGAGAGCAACAAGAAAGUGAACAGCCUGAAAGAAGAGCUUACAAAGCUGAAAUCGUUUGCGCUGUUAGUGGUGGAUGAGCAGCAGCGCUUGACCGAGCAGCUCACCCAGCAAAGCAACAAGGUCCAGGAACUUACAGCAAGUUUGGCUCAAGCUCAAGAGAAGCUCAGCUCUGCUGAGGCCAGGGCACAGGAAGGAGAACAAAAAGCCUUUCAGCUGGAAGCUGAGCUGCGUGAUCAGGCCUGUCGUUUCCAUCAGCAGCAGGAGGCCAUGACUGCCAAGCUGACCAACGAGGAGGCACAGAACCGACAGCUCCGACAGAAACUCGCCACCCUAAGCAGGCAGAUAGAUGAUCUAGAGGACACUAACAAGACGCUCCGCAAAACGGAGGAGGAACUGCAGGACCUAAGGGAUAAGAUCAACCGUGGGGAGUGUGGGAACUCCAGCCUGAUGACCGAGGUCGAGGAGUUAAGGAAGCGAGUGCUGGAGAUGGAAGGGAAAGAUGAGGAACUCAUAAAAAUGGAGGAUCAGUGCCGGGACCUGAACAAAAAGCUGGAAAAGGAGGCUAUCCAAAGUCGGAGCUUGAAAGCUGAGGUGGACAAAUUAAACCGCAGAAUUAUGGAGCUGGAGAAGCUGGAAGAUGCUUUUAGCAAGGGCAAGCAGGAAUGUUGCUCACUAAAAUGCAAUCUGGAGAAAGAGAAGAGUGUGAGCAAGCAGCUCACGAAUGAAUUAGAUUCACUUAAGGUGAGAAUCAGAGAGCUGGAGGCAAUUGAGAGCCAGCUGGAGAAAACAGAAAUUACACUGAAAGAAGACCUCACCAAACUGAAGACACUGACAGUCAUGCUGGUAGAUGAAAGGAAAACCAUGGCCGAAAAACUUAAGCUGACAGAAGAGAAACUGCAUAUUACUACUGACAAACUGCAAGCUGAGCAGGAUAAGGUAACAUCUGUGACUGAAAAGCUAAUUGAGGAGAGCAAGAAAGCCCUGAAGUCCAAGGCUGAGCUUGAAGAAAACAUGUACAGUGCAACCAAGGAAAGAGAUGAACUCAAGAUCAAACUGAAAGCAGAGGAAGAGAAAGGAAAUGAUCUGCAGUCCAAAGUUAACAUGAUGAAAAAAAGGUUGCAAUCACUGGAAGCUGUGGAGAAAGAAUUCUUAAGGAACAAAGCAGCUAAACAAGAACACAUUAAGCUCGCUGGUGUAACUCAUUUUCAACAAGAAGACAACAAAAUAAAGGAUCUAACACAAGAAGUAGAGAGGCUGAGGAGAAAGCUAAAGGACAUGAAGGUGGUGGAAGAUGACUUAUUGAAGACUGAGGGCGAGUUUGAAUCUCUGGAAAGGAGGUACUCCAACGAACAAGAACGAGCAAAGGUCCUAAUGGCAGAGCUUGAGGCCUCCCAAAAGGAGCUUUCUAGAUAUCAGCUGGCAGAAAAAGAAGAGUCUAAUCAGGAGCAUAUUCUCUACAAACGCCUGAAGGAGGAAGAGGCCAAGUCCAGCCAUUUAACCAGAGAAGUAGAAGCUCUGAAGGAAAAGAUCCAUGAAUAUAUGGGUACAGAAGACUCAAUUUGUCGUCUAAAAACAGACCAUGUCACACUGCAAAGAAAAUUGAUGCUGCAGGAAACCAAGAACAAAGAACUAGCCCGAGAAAUGGAAAAUCUUACUAGGGAACUGGAGAGGUAUCGCCGCUUUAGUAAAAGUCUUAGGCCUGGUUUAAAUGGGAGGAGGAUUUCAGACUUGCAGGUCUCCUCAAAGGAAGUGCAGACUGACCCAACAGAUAAUAAGCCUCCUGAUUAUAAGAGUUUAGCACCUUUUGAAAAGGCAGUUGUGAAUGGAAAGCUGUAUGAGGAAAGUGAUCCUGAGGACGACUCCAAUUACAACAAUGAGCAGCCAAUCAACAAGUGCAGCCCCUCCCUCAUCAAUAAUGUGAACAACUUGAACAACAACAAGAAAUUAAGGGUGCCUUUCGCCAAAAGCAAGGAAAGCCACCACCCUCCAAAUGGUAAAGUGUUAACCCGACAAAAUGGGAACCACGUCCAGCAGGGGGAUGUGGUACUGACUCACACCCCAGGACAGCCUUUGCACAUCAAAGUGACACCUGAUCACGGACAUAAUACUGCCAUGCUAGAAAUAACUAGCCCAACUUCAGAGAAUGCUCACUCUUUUACCAGCACUGCAGUAAUUCCCAACUGUGGGGGUAUACCAAAGCAAAGAAUUACUAUAAUCCAGAAUGCCUCCUUAUCUCCUCCUACAAAAUCCAAAGGCUCCCCAUCUUCUGAUGGGCUGUGCUCCCCUGACAGAGCCAUGUCACCUCUCACCAUGACUACCUACUCCCGAGCCAUGACCCCAGACUCAUCUGGAUCUGGAACUCCCGACAGGGCGAUGUCACCCAUCCAGAUAGUCGCAGUCACCACCAGCUCUCCAGAGCGGUCACUGUCCACCGAGUCUGUGGAGGUCAGCGGCAGUCACGCGGUCUUCCGUGUCACGCCAGAGAGGCAGAACAGCUGGCAGCUGCAGAGGUCAAACAGCAGUGGCCCCAAUGUCAUCACCACAGAGGACAACAAAAUCCACAUCCACUUAGGCAGUCCCUAUAUUCAAGCCAUUAACAGCACAUCCAGACCCAUGAGUCCUUGCUCGGUGCAGGAAAACAGAACUUCAGUAUUAAUGAACGGCACUCCUAUUAAGACCGGCAACAAAAUCACCAGUAGCAUCACGAUAACACCUGCCACUUCCCCCAUCCCAAGGUCUUCGCAAAUUACAAUCCCUGCAGAAGCAUUCCGGCAGCCAGGCCCCACCAGGAUUCCCAAACCGAAAGGCUGCAGUUCCGCUAAAAUAACCAGCGGCACUGUCAACCCAGGCCAAUGCAAAAACUAUCUUCACAGCCUUCCUCACGCUGGCAAAGACCCCACUUUAAGACAUGGAUCCGCCAAAAUUUGAACUCCUUUUUGCUAUUUUAUUCCUGCAAAAGUAAGAAAAAAAAGCUGGAUAACAGUGCAGCAUUGUGGCAUGACAGUAGUUAGUGCAGCUUCCUCAUAGCCCCUGGGUCCUGGGACUGACUCCUAGCUGCGGCGCCUUCUAUGUGCAGUUGCAUUCUCUCCCCGUGUCCACGUGUGUUUCCUCUACGUUCUCGAAUUCCUCUCACGGUGCGAAGACCUGCUGUCCAGCUCGUGCCUGUGUGCUUGAACCACGCGAUGUCCAGUCUGCCCCCUUAUGUACUGCGCCUGCCGGGCUAGGCUCCCACUCACCACGAGCCUCCUCUAAUGAUAAAUCGGGUACUGAAAAUGGAUGGACAGGGACUAAUGGAGGGUUCAUUAUUGCUUUUUUUCCCCCCGAAACUCCCACAGGAAUCCUUAAACAAAGGAUCUCUGCAGCUACAACAUGUACUGUAUGUGCCAUGGAAUCUGAUUCACAGGAAGGUGCUAAAUACAUAACAUGUAUUAACAUAUAGGAUAAUCUCUAAUGUCUGGGGUUGCAGCAAAGCAAAGCAAGAGAUGCAAGUGAAUGACUUAGCAGUAUAUAGAUAUCAAGUCUUUAACAUCUCAGUUUCAAGUUUAAUACAUUACUGUAUGAAGACAUAAAAUUAACAUUAGACAAGGGACACAUUAAUACACUUAAUGAUGCAGGAUUUAAUCUCCAACACCUUUAAGAUCAACACUUGCCUAGUUUUCAUAUACACCCCCUCCCCCACAUCAGCAGUUUCUCCAUCUGCAAUUCGGUAGCAGUGUUAGGACAAGCCUGGCUUUACAGCAUUCUCAGAGGCCCAAAGCUCAAUUCACAAUUCUUGCACGAAUGUUUCUCUCCUUGGUACCCAUCACAGUUUCCCACCAUCCUGCAUUUCUUUAUGCAUCCCAGGUCUUUCAUCGCUCCACAUGGGUAAGGGUGCCCGCGGUACUUCACUGCCAUUUUUGGGGAAUUAUAUGUGUAAAAAUCAUUUUACCCUUGACAAAACAAAGGAAAAUGCGUCGUCACAACACAGUACCACAGCAUCAUUUCAUCACCAACUUCACCAUCAGAUUCCCAAAUCCCCACUGUCUUCACACCAUCAAGAACAAUCAUGUACUGGAGUCUCACCACAUCUUCCUGAAGAUCGCUGCACUCAGAAACUAUUAAAGAACAUGCUGUUUGUUUAAUUUCAUACUAUUCCUUUUUAUACAGAAAACUGUGCAGCACUAUUAUCGGUCAUGUUCUUUUGUUAUUUAAUAUAUUUAUGCCAAUUUGCACAGUGUAUAAUGUAUUCCCAUGGUUUAUAUAUGGUACAGGAAAGCUUUUUCCCAGUGUCUGUUUUUUUUUUUCUUUAUCCAUGGACAGUUCAUGAACAUAUCCCUUGUGAAUAUGGAGGACUGGGUGCAAUAGCAAUGUUAUGCAGCAAUACUACCAUAUGAAGUCUAUUCUGUUUAAGAUGGUGAACAACAUUUUCCUGGCUGUACAAACAUUCAUAUAACAACAUGUAUGGUA